UAUUUUUUUUGAGUGACAGCUGAGCGCCUGGUGACAGCCCACACGGGACGGCAGCCCGCAGAGCCGAGCCGAGCCUCAACAUGGCAGGUCUAUCUUUAUACUUCGAAGAUGGCCAUGACGAUUUGGACGAUUUUGGAUUUGAUGACUACGGUUCAGAGUGUGACAGCAUCCGCAUCACGGCCUUCCUCGACGCAGGCCAGGACAACCUGACUCCACUUGGGAGGCUAGAGAAGUACGCCUUCAGUGAAAAUGUCUUUAACAGACAGAUCGUGGCCCGCGGGCUGCUCGAUGUGCUCCGUGAGUUCAGCGAUAACGAAAAUGACUUCAUCAGUGUCAUGGAGACAGUUGCCAGAAUGUCAGAAGAUGGAGAGCCGACCGUGCGAGCCGAGCUGAUGGAGCAGGUCCCAAACAUCGCAAUGUUCUUACACGAAAGUCGGCCCAUCUUCCCCGCCGCUUUCUCCAGAUACUUGGUACCCAUCGUAGUCCGAUAUCUCACCGAUCCCAACAACCAGGUGCGAAAGACCAGCCAGGCGGCACUACUGGUGCUGCUGGAGCCGGGCCUCAUCUCAAAGGCCGACAUGGAGUCCAAAGUUUGUCCGGUUCUGCUGGACCUCACAGAACCCAGCAGCGACGACGAUUACAAGAUUGAGGCGGUUGCUAUCAUGUGUAAAGUGGUGACCAUGCUGAGCAAAGACACGGUGGAGCAUCUCUUACUGCCACGAUUCUGCGACUUGUGUAGCGACGCCAGACUCUUUCAAGUGCGCAAGGUCUGCGCAGCCAAUUUUGGAGAGUUCUGUUCAAUUGUGGGUCAGGAGGCCACAGAAAAACUACUGAUUCCCAAGUUCUUCGACCUGUGCUCAGACAGCCUGUGGGGCAUCAGGAAAGCCUGCGCCGAGUGCUUCAUGAUGGUCUCAAAUUCGACGUCACCUGAGGUGCGACGUGCAAAGUUGUCCCCGCUCUUCAUCAGCCUCAUCAGCGACCAGUCCCGCUGGGUGCGGCAGGCUGCCUUUCAGUCUCUGGGCCGUUUCAUCUCCACCUUCGCCAACCCAACAAGCGCAGGCCUCCACUUCAGAGAGGACGGCGGGCUACUCGAUGUUACCAGGUGCACGUCAGACAGUGACUGCUCCUUGAACUCCCUCAAUUGCGCCGACAUCAGCGGCCGCCGCACGGAACGAACGAUCGCUCACACGCCUCCCAACCAAGAUGGCCGUGCCACGCCGUCGCCGGAGCACGUGCCGGCGGCCGAGGAGAUGAACUACGACGACAAUGGCCACAGCUUUGCUCACGGAGAGUCGCUCGACAACUUGUCGCAUGCCGGCAACAACGCCAGGAAUGCCAAAGACACCACACAGGCAGAUGAGAACUUUAACUCCUUCCAUUUUUGGAGGCCUCCUCUACCAGACAUCAGCGGCGAACUGGAAUUGCUUAGCUGUCAAAUGGGAGACAUGAUUGAGAAGAAGAAGAAGAAGAAGGAGGAGUCAAAAGAAGCAGAAGAUUUCCAAAGUCUUCCCGAUUCCAAGACCAACCCUGGUAAAACUACCAGCGACCAGAUCCAGAUGGUCUUAGACUGUUUGCAGCCGCACAUGGACGACCCGGAUGUCCAAGCUCAAGUUCAGGUAUUGUCUGCGGCUCUGAAGGCUGCUCAGCUCGACAGCCCGUCCGACGACAGUCCCACGGAAAGCCAGCCGGUCGACUCACCCGCCGACGCUGACGCAGACAGCCCGCUUGUUGAAAGCAAAUCGGUGGAGGUUCAGUCCGAGGCCGACGAGAUUCUUGCCGAGGAGGAGCAAGCGACUGAAAGCCACCCGGUCACUGAAACGUGUCCGGUCCAAGAGCAAGGAGACGUGGAGACACAGACGGAACCCCCGGAGGAUGCGGAAGAGUCUCCACUUGACUCCCCGGUUCUGGUCUCUGAACUAAUUGAAAGUGUGGAGGAAGAGGGCAAAGAUGAUUUGGUGUGUAAAGAUAAGCCUAAAGUCCAGAAUGUUAUCCCCCAGCAGCUGUUGGAUCAGUACCUCUCCAUGACGGACCCGGCGCGGGCUCAGACGGUGGACACGGAGAUCGCCAAGCACUGUGCCUUCAGCCUGCCGGGCGUGGCCCUCACUCUGGGUCGACAGAACUGGCACUGCCUCAAGGACACCUACGAAACGCUGGCCACUGAUGUCCAGUGGAAAGUGCGCCGCACGCUGGCUUUCUCCAUCCACGAACUGGCGGUCAUCCUGGGCGACCAGCUGACGGCGGCGGAUCUGGUUCCCAUCUUUAACGGCUUCCUCAAGGACCUGGAUGAAGUCCGCAUCGGUGUCCUCAAGCACCUCUACGACUUCCUCAAGUUGCUUAAUGCGGACAAGAGGAGAGAAUACUUGUACCAGCUCCAGGAGUUCAUGGUGACCGACAACAGUCGCAACUGGAGGUUCCGAUACGAGCUGGCAGAGCAGCUGAUCCUGAUCAUCGAGUUGUAUAGCCACUACGACGUGUACGACUACCUCAGGCAGAUCGCACUCACGCUCUGCUCUGACAAGGUCUCGGAAGUCAGGUGGAUUUCCUACAAGCUGGUGGUGGAGAUCCUCCAGAAAUUGUAUUCGAGCGGUGCCGACGAUUUGGCCGUGAACUUCAUCAGCGUGCUCACUGUCAGGUUCUGCCAUUGUCCCAAGUGGGUGGGACGACAAGCCUUCGCCUUCAUCUGCCAAGCGGUGGUGGAGGAGGACUGCAUGCCCAUGGAUCAGUUCAGCCAGCACCUCCUGCCCAGCCUGCUCAGCCUCUCGUCAGACCCGGUGGCCAACGUGCGCGUGCUGGUGGCCAAGGCCCUGCGACAGAGCGUCAUGGAGAAAGCCUACUUCAAGGAAGCGGGCUGCACCUCGUCGGACGAGCUGGAGGAAACCUUGAUGGCGCUCCAGUCAGACAAGGACAGGGACGUGCGCUUCUUCGCCAGCCUGGACCCCAGCAAAAGCCUGACCAUGGAUACGGCCCCCCUCAUCUAGUCCCCGGAACACCCGACCACCCACUCUUUUUACCAGCACACCCAAACCGGACCCCCCUCACCUUGUCCAACCUCACCUUGUGACUGCUAACACAAAAAACACAAGCACACACCCUUCUGUGGUGGGAUGCAACACACAAGAGUAGUUUUCAGGAAAUGAGCAGGACUCAAUUUUUUUUUUUUCCUCCACACUAACAAGCUUGACUCUCCAAAGCUAAGCGUGUGCUUAGCAUUGAAGUCUUUUUUUUUUUCUUUUUUGUAUUUCUGGGCUCCUUUUUGAGCAUCUUAAAGGAAGAGAUGGCGUCUGCCUUGACUCUUUGACGCUCGCACUAACUCAGGGGGACUCAAGUUACCCGCCGCCAUUUCUGACCCAAACUCCUCAUCUUCCACCUCCUCAGUUUACCAAAACAAAA